CAGGUUAUGCAACCUCGUGACCUAUGAUUAUUAAAAAAAUUAUAAAUUUAUUUUAACUUUAUGCCGAACGCCGAAUGCCGAUAAUGCUUUUUUCUCACUCAUCACCAACGUCUUGUGGAUUUUAAUAAAUUAUUUUUAAUUUUAGCUUAUAGUUCGUCUUUGUAAAAUUCUUACUAGUUUAUUGAUUUUUAGCUUACUUGUCAACAUUGCAAUUAAGUAUCUUCAAACUAUACUUUAUAUUACACCUUAAACAUUAUGAGUGAAACACCAAAAAUUCCAAACGAGCAACAAGCAAACACAGAAGUCACAAAAACUAAAAAAAAACGAAAUAGAAACCGUAAAAACAAUGUUAAAGCAGAACAAAGCACUCAGAACGGAACUGUUGAGGAAACUACUCUACCAUCUACUAUUUCUAUUCAAGAUAUUCAAAAAGCAAUGGAAGUCUUCUCACUUCAACAAAGAGCAGCUAAAACUCCAGAAGAGGCUUUACAUAAACAAUAUCGUUUUUGGUACACACAACCAGUACCUAAAAUGACUGAAAAGAUAGUUAGUGAUGGUCCAAUUGAAGAGGAUAAAACAAUAGAUCAGAUUAGAAAAGAACCAUUUACAUUGCCUGAUGGUUUUCAAUGGGAUACACUUAGUCUUGACGAUCCUUUUGUUUUAAAAGAAUUGUACACAUUAUUAAAUGAAAACUAUGUUGAAGAUGAAGAUAGCAUGUUUCGAUUUGAUUAUCAGCCUCAUUUUUUAAAAUGGGCUCUUCAACCUCCUGGAUGGUUAAAAGAAUGGCAUGUUGGAGUACGAGUCAUUAAAAGUAAUAAAUUAGUUGGUUUCAUUAGUGCCAUCCCAGCUUUGCUUAAAGUUUAUAACAAGUCUCAAAAAAUGGUUGAAAUUAAUUUCCUUUGCGUUCAUAAAAAAUUACGUAGUAAAAGAGUAGCUCCAGUUUUGAUCCGUGAAAUAACAAGACGUGUGAAUCAGAUGGGUAUUUUUCAAGCUGUUUAUACAGCUGGAAUAGUUUUACCUAAACCUAUAGGAACCUGCAGAUAUUGGCAUCGUUCUUUAAAUCCAAAGAAGUUAAUAGAAGUUAAGUUUUCACACUUAAGUCGCAAUAUGACCAUGCAACGAACAUUAAAGUUACAUAAACUUCCUGAUUCAACUCGCACUCCUGGAUUUCGCAAAUUAACUGAAAAAGACUUGCCGCAAGCUCGAAAAUUACUUUCUAGUUAUAUGAAAACCUUUGAUUUGUCACCUUCAUUUUCUGAUGAAGAAUUCAAACAUUGGUUCCUGCCUCAGGAAGGCAUUAUCGAUGCCUAUGUUGUUGUAAAUGAUAACAAAAUUACAGAUUUAGUUAGUUUUUAUACUCUUCCUUCGACUAUUAUGCAUCACCCAACUUAUCGUACAUUGAAGGCAGCAUAUUCUUUUUAUAAUGUGUCUACUAAAACGCCCUGGGUUGAUCUUAUGCAAGAUGCUCUUAUUUCGGCUAGAGAUGCUAACUUUGAUGUGUUCAACGCCUUAGACCUUAUGGACAAUAGGGAAUUUUUGGAGCAACUUAAAUUUGGAGUUGGAGAUGGAAACUUACAAUACUAUUUAUACAAUUGGAAAUGUCCUGAAAUUGAAAGUGAAAAGAUUGGAUUAAUCCUUCAAUAAUAAGUGUCACUGAAUAAAAGUUGAAUAAUCUGUGUACAAUAUAUGAAUAAUAAUUUAUCCCAACAACAAUUGAUUAAUAAUGUAAGUUAUAUUUAUAAAUAUAUAUAUAUAUUUUCUUUUUUUAAAUAUUUUGCAAUUGUAAUAAUUUUUUAACUGGUAAAAAAUGAAUUUAAAAUAGUGCAAACAAAUUUAAUACUUAAGUUUUAAUGAAUGUUAAUUGUUGGUUAGGGAAGAAACAACAGACAGUAUAUAUUAUUAUUGUGUAGUUAUUAAAAAUAGCAAAUUUUUCUGUCACAAUUUUUCAUAAUAAUAUAUAUUAGGUUUUGGAAUUUAUUUGUAAAGGUAGUUAUUAUUGAUAUUACCUAUUAAAAUCUAUGAUCAUCAAUAAAAUAUUUUGUGAAUUUAUAGACCAUUUAUAUAAUAAAAUAUGGUUUUUGAUACUCUAAUAAAUUGUAUGAUAUUUGUUAAAUGUGAUAUCUACAAAAUGUUAUAUAUACUUAUUAAUUUGAAGUACAAAAUUAAUAUUUUAUUUUUCCAUUAAAAUAAUUUAUAGUUAUAGUUAUAAUAACUAAAUUAUUAUGACUAUUGACUAUAUAAAUAUGCUAUUAAUAUCAAUUAAAAAAAUUAUAAUUUCAUUUGGAAUUUUAUAAAAGUUUAUUGUCAUUAAAUAUUUUUAAAACUAGUCACGUUUACAUUAUAUUUAUAUAGAAAACAUUUUAUUACCAUCUUAUUCUGUAUUGCUAUAUUUUUAUUUUAUAAAUAAAUACAUAAUAUUUAAUAUUAUGUUACUCCAAUUUCGUACCAAUUAGAAAUUGGAAAUUUAGCAUUCAUAUUAAAAAAAUUAUAUUUUAAUAUUAGUGAUAAAUAUAUUGCUAAAAACUUUAUUAUUAAAAACAUUUAUCUUUAA